GUAAAAAGAAAACAAAUGGUGCUAUACACAGAGAAGUCAAAGAGAGAAAAGAUGAGAGGACAUGGAGAAGAAGCAGCAGCAGUUCUUUUGUUCGAGACCAAAGAAGCAAAAGGGAGAACUGCUUUUAAAUUAAUUUCUUUAACAAUAUUUCUGGGUAUAGUUUCAAUAUGGGCAUACAGAAUAAUUUGUAUUCCAAGAACAGGAAGAUAUGCGUGGAUUGGGAUGUUCAUUUCUGAGUUAAUAUUUGGUAUAUAUUGGAUAUUUACUCAGUCUGCUCGAUGGAACGUGGUUUUUCGCCAUCCCUUCAAGCACAGGCUCUCCCUCAGAUACGAGGACAAGUUGCCAAGGGUCGACAUUUUCGUUUGCACGGCUGAUCCAAUAUUAGAGCCACCAUCAAUGGUAAUCAGCACGGUUUUAUCAGUCAUGUCUUACAAUUACCCGCACGGAAAGCUGAGUGUUUACCUCUCAGAUGAUGGUGGUUCAGAACUCACAUUCUAUGCUCUAUUGGAGGCCUCUAAGUUUUCGAAAUAUUGGAUACCUUUCUGCAAGAAAUUCAAUGUGGAACAAAGGUCGCCUCAAGCCUAUUUUGCUCGAAAUAUUGAUAUGAACCAUCCAGAGUUUGCUCACGAAUUUUGUAAUAUCAAGAAAGAAAAUUUUCAGAAAUUAUAUGAAGAUAUGAAGAGAAGAAUAGAAUCUGCAGUAGAGAAGGGCUGCAUUUCGAAUGACAUAAAGGAUCAACAUGGAGGAUUCUUAGAGUGGAACUCUAAGUUGGUGUAUUUGGCUCGCGAGAAGCGACCACAGCAUUUCCAUAACUUCAAAGCUGGAGCCAUGAAUGCAUUGAUAAGGGUGUCAUCAGAGAUCAGCAAUGGACCUAUAAUUCUAAAUGUAGAUUGUGAUAUGUACUCAAAUAAUUCACAAGCAAUUCGAGAUGUGCUCUGCUUCUUCAUGGAUGAAAAGAAGGGCCAUGAGACUGCUUUCGUGCAGUUUCCACAGAAUUUUCAUAAUAUUACUAAAAAUGAUUUAUAUGGAGGCACCCUGAGAAUGAUCAGUGAGGUGGAAUUUCAUGGUUUGGAUGGUUAUGGAGGGCCUAUGUACAUUGGAACUGGCUGCUUUCACAGAAGAGACACCCUUUGUGGAAGAAAAUAUACCAAGGGAUUUACUAUCGACUGGAACAAAAAUAUUACAAGCAAAACAGGGGAAAGUGUUCAAGAAUUGGAAGAAAGGAUAAAAGGCCUCGCGAGCUGCACUUUUGAAGAAAACACUCAGUGGGGCAAUGAGAUGGGUCUAAAGUAUGGCUGUCCGGUAGAAGAUGUGAUAACGGGGCUGUCAAUUCAAUGUCGGGGAUGGAAAUCAAUCUAUUUCAAUCCAGAAAGGAAAGGCUUCUUAGGCGUUUCUGCAACUACCCUUGAUCAGACAUUAGUGCAACACAAGAGAUGGUCCGAGGGCGAUUUACAGAUUUUCCUUUCGAAAUACAGUCCAGUUUGGUAUGGACUAGGCAGAAUCCAUUUUGGGCUCAUAAUGGGAUAUUUCAACUAUUGCCUAUGGUCUCCUAAUUGCUUCGCAACUUUGUAUUACUCCAUUGUCCCUUCUCUUUAUCUGCUCAAAGGCAUCUCCUUGUUUCCCCAGGUCUCGAGCCUGUGGUUUCUUCCAUUUUCGUAUGUGAUCGCAGCUGAGCACAUAUAUAGCAUUAUCGAAUUUCUCAGGGCAGGCGGAACAAUUUUAAGCUGGUGGAAUGAGCAAAGAAUGUGGCUUUACAAAAGAACGAGCUCUUAUCUGUUUGCAGUCAUGGAUACCAUCUUCAAAUUGAUGGGAUAUUCAAAUUCAGGUUUUGUAAUCUCAACAAAAGUGGCUGAUCAAGACGUUACACAGAGAUACGAGCAAGAAAAGAUGGAGUUUGGAGUCACUUCACCAAUGUUCAUCAUUUUAUCAUCGGUGGCAAUGAUCAAUCUGUUCUGCCUCUUCGGGAUUUUAAAGAAAGUGAUUGUUAUCGGGGAAUUCAAAUCUGUUUACGAAACCACCGCUUUGCAGUUUCUUCUAUGUGGGGUUCUGGUUUUGAUCAACUUGCCAUUGUACAAUGGUCUUUUCUUUAGGAGGGACAAGGGCAGGAUGCCAAGCUCUGUCACUGUUAAAUCAGUGGUUUUUGCUGUUUCUUUGUGUACUUGUUUUGCAUUUCUAUAAAACCAUCGUGAAAUGGUGAACUUUUAGAACAGAUAAAUUAUUUACAUUGGUCACAAGUUGUAAUUUUAAUUUACUCCCUGAUGAAAAGACAUAGUUUACAAUAUCAUUCGAUCUUGUAUUUGUAUCAUACAAAUGAUGUGCACAACCAUAAUCAAAUCCUAGAUUAGAAACUUCUACAUA